AUGUUUAAAUUGUCGUUACAAUUAUGUUAUAAAUUAUUCAAAGCCGAUGAUGAUGAUGAUGAUGAUGAUGAUGAUGAUGAUGAUGAUGAUGAUGAUGAUGAUGAUGAUGAUGAUGAUGAUGAUGAUGAUGAUGAUGAUGAUGAUGAUGAUGAUGAUGAUGAUGAUGAUGAUGAUGAUGAUGAUGAUGAUGAUGAUGAUGAUGAUGAUGAUGAUGAUGAUGAUGAUGAUGAUGAUGAUGAUGAUGAUGAUGAUGAUGAUGAUGAUGAUGAUGAUGAUGAUGAUGAUGAUGAUGAUGAUGAUGAUGAUGAUGAUGAUGAUGAUGAUGAUGAUGAUGAUGAUGAUGAUGAUGAUGAUGAUGAUGAUGAUGAUGAUGAUGAUGAUGAUGAUGAUGAUGAUGAUGAUGAUGAUGAUGACAGUAAGAAUUAUCACGCAGAACCUGAAUUCAUGCGAAUAAUUGUUUUAAGUUGA